CAUUCUCCCGCAUCAUCUGUACUUGUCAGCAUUCCGUUGGCGUGAGGCAUUCGAGAACCUCAACUCUCUUACUCUCAACACACACGCACACGCACAUAUAAAUAAAACUUAACGCCGAGCAAACGGCCGGCGAGGAAGAAGAAGAAUACAGAGCCAUAACCAAAACAGAGAUAAUUAAUGAAGUCGAAGCCAUACCACAGCUUCAGUCGGAUCAAAGCAGAGAAUCUCGGCCGUUCCGCCGUCCUCACUUUCCUUCUCAUCACCAUCUUCUUCAUCGCCAUAACUAAGCAAACCUCCCACCGUCCCUCGCCCUUCUUGAGUUUUAAAGUAUGGGGACAUGGAGAUGUGCCUUGUACGAAGGUGAAGGAACUUAAAGCAAGAAGCUUUACUGAGAAACCUGCAGGCAAUGAAACCAUAGUGUCAGUACAAGUCAUUCAUCAAAAGAAAUCUGAAGGAAAACAAAAACUAGAAGGCAAUGAAGUUGAAAGCUCAUCACUGGACCUGCUAGAAAAACUGGAAGAGAAAAAACAAGUUAAUGUAAAUAUUAAGGCGAUGGAUCAAACUCACACAUUUACCAGCAGAUCUGAGGAGCACAGACACAUAAUUGCAAGCAGUAGCCAAGAGGAGAAUCAAAAUGGAGGAAGUAAUUCUCGAGUACAAAACUACACAUUACACAAGAGCUAUCCAAAACAUAGUUACCCAACAACAAACAGUUUCCAAGCCCCAAAUUACGAAAUCAAAAGUGAUAUUGGUCAAGAAGGCAGGAUUGUCUGUGAUCUUUCAGAAUCAAGAUCAGAUACCUGUUCCAUGUUUGGUGAUAUCAGAGUCCUUAGUAGCUCUUACACCAUCUUUGCAGCGAUGUCCUCAGAGUCUCCAAUUCCCUUGGAGAACCAUACACACAUUAUAAAACCCUACGCAAGGAAAUGGGAACCAGAGUCAAUGAAGAACAUCAAGGAAUUAAGCCUAAAAACAUCAUCAAAACUACAACAGAAUCUCACUUGUAAUCAAAACCAUGCAGUUCCUGCCAUCAUAUUCUCCACAGGUGGAUUCCUAGGCAAUUUCUUCCAUGACUUCACUGAUGUUCUGAUCCCACUCUUUGUUACAUCUCGCCAAUUUAAUGGGAAUGUUCAGUUCCUUGUAACUGAUUUCAAUGCCAAGUGGAUCAAUAAAUACAGACCGAUUCUGCUAGGCCUCUCUCGAUUUGAGGUCAUUAAUAUGGACAUAGAGAAGAAUAUCCAUUGCUUCCCUUGUGUUCAUGUUGGCCUAAAAAGCCACAGAGUUCUUGGAAUUGAUCCUUCAAAGACCCCAAAAGGCUACACUAUGUCUGAUUUCAAGAGGUUUCUCAGGGAAAGCUUUUCCCUUAAAAGAAGUUCUAUAGUUGGGAAGAAAUCAAGGAGAAAACCAAGAUUACUGAUGAUACUAAGAAAAGGAUCAAGAUCAAUAAUGAAUGAAAAAGAAGUAAUUAUGAUGGCUCGAAGGAUAGGUUAUAAGGUGAUCACUGCAAGGCCAGAGGAGAUGAAGGAAUUGACAAAGUUUGCAGAAAUUGUGAAUUCCUGUGAUGUGAUGAUGGGAGUACAUGGCGCUGGGCUAGCUAAUAUGUUGUUCCUGCCAGAGAACUCAACAGUGAUUCAAAUAAUCCCAUUGGGAGGAUUAACUUACGCUUGUAGACAUGACUUCGGUGAGCCAGCUCCAGACAUGGGGAUUAAGUAUUUGGAAUAUGAGAUUAAAGAUGAUGAGAGUUCAUUAAUAAAACUGUAUCCAAGAGAUCAUGCAGUCUUCAAGGAUCCUUUUUCAAUCCAUCAGCAAGGAUGGAAUCAGUUAUGGUCAAUCUUUCUAGACAAACAGAUGGUAAAGAUUGAUGUCGGACGAUUUAGGGUUUUGUUGUUGGAGGUCUAUAAGUCUAUCAAACAAUAGACUUCGAAAUUUCAUCUUUUUGUCUCAUUAUAUUUUUUACAUGAUCAAAGAUGUAAAGAAUAGUUGCCUGUAUUCAUAUCAAAGGAAUUUGUUACAUUUGGAAGCUAAUGUUGAUAAUUUUGCCAAAGAGUGUUGAAAUUUGCUUUAAUAGUUAUCUGUAUCACACUCUGACCAAUAGUAGAAACGUAUCACUCG